GUACGGUUGGCCGGUUGAGCCUUUCUCACACUUCGUGGGCCGGCCGUAGAAAUUGUGGGAAGCCGCAAGCUAGUGGCUUACAUAUACAUGUAAUUAAGAGUGGCAAUUCCAGCCAUAGCCAAUAAUUCGGACAGCCUUCAUUGGUCGAGUUCUUGUCUAAUCAUGUAGCAAAGAUUGUUUUGCGCCGCUGCGCAUGCAAUCUUUGGGUGCGUGUUGUUUACCCAAGAGUUUGCUGAGGGUGACAUAAUCGCUUUUUGAUAUAGCGGUAAAAAUAAGCCGGGAUCGACCAAAGUGUCUGAGGUGUGUGUUUUCCCAUGGCAAAGGGCCGAAAGGUGCUCCACGCCAGUUACAUCAACGGCGUAGGCCUGGACGUACAUGUAGGUGCUGAUCACUGGUAUUAAGAAAGUUUGGACCGCCAGAGUCACCGUCCGUCAGAGACAUCGACAGUGAUCGGUUGAGCGGAAUUGGACUUGAUGUUGUUUGUGGUCGUCGCUUCAGAACUAGUGUAUCGUUCUGCGUAGCAGGCUGUCCAUGCCAGCACCACAAUGACUGAUGCAACAGAGACAGAACUGCUGAUUAAGACCAAACCUGCUGAUGACAAUGACAAGAGGCAAUGGGAUGGAAACCGGCUACGGGCCAGCCGGCGCUGGAUCACCAUCGAGCCGGUCAUCUUCACCUGCCUCGUCGCCUACGGCACCAUUGCGACACUGCGCGCCGAAUACAUGCGGAUGCUGGUCUUGCGGGAGCACGGCAUCAACAGCACAACCGGAGGCGGGGAUCAGAACUGUAACGUGAACACCUCGAGCCCGGAGUAUCUCCUAGAGGAGGAGAUCCAGGCCGAGACUGCCCUGCGGGUCAUGUACUUGGUCCUGUGCAGCUCAGGCCUGAACAUCCUGUCUGCACCGCUGUUGAGUGUCUGGAGUGACCAUGCAGGCCGCAAGCCCGCACUCUUCAUCUGCAGCUUUGGGAUCUGGGUCAACACCGCGGUCUACCUGGCGGUCACCGGCUUCCACCUGUCACCGUACUACCUCUUCAUCGGGGAGGCGGUGCAGGGGCUGACGGGCAGCCUGAUCCUCAUCCUUGCCGUCUCACUGGCCUACCUCGCUGACGUCACCACCAAGGAGAGGCGCAUGUUUCGUUUCGUGGUCGUCGACACCACGCUGUUCUUCGCCAUCGCGGUCGCACAGGUUGCGAUGGGCUACGUGGUGAAGUAUUUUGGUUUCGUCCCACCGUUUGUGGCAAUGUGCGCCGCAUGCGGAGUCGCCCUUCUUUACAUCAUCGUACCGACGUUGCUACUGGAAACGCGUGAAAAAGACAGCAGUUCCUCAUCUGUACGCCAGUUUUCGGAUAUGUUCCUAAGUCUCGUUGUGGUGUUUCGUGUCAAAGAGGACAACAGACAUAUCCGACUGGCUCUGCUAAUUGUGAUGGGGUUUUUUUUCACGUUGAUGUUUCAGGGUGCACUAGGCACAUCAGUCUUGCUGGGCUUGGGCGCCCCAAUUUGCUGGUCCACAGUCACAGUGGGAAUCUUCACAGCCGUCACCUUGUUUGGAAGUUGCCUGGGGCUUCUCGUCGCCGGCAUGACCCUUCCUCGCUUCGUCAAGGAGCACUGGAUGCUCUAUCUCGCCUGUCUCAGCUCUCUAGGCAGCUAUCUCCUGACUGGUUUCGCCUCCACAUCUCUUAUGCUGUUCUUAGCCAGCGCUGUCGGGUGCAUUCAAAACCUACCUGGGCCAGUCAUUCGUACCAUGCUGUCAAAAGAAGUGUCAGAAGAUGAACAAGGCGUUAUUUUUGCAAUCAUCGGUGUCAUCGAAAGCGUAGCCAAUUUCGGAUCGCCGCUGUUGCUGAAUGCCUUGUACGCUUCGACGGUGAAGAUCUACCGCGGGCUGACGUUUUUUGUGCUAGCAGGAGUGACCACCAUACCAGCAACACUCAUAAUGAUUCUGCACGGCAUGUCGAUACGCAAACGGAAAAUGCACUUGAAGGACCUCAAGGAAAACCCAGCACCCAUACAGGUAGACGAAAGCAAAGAGUUGAUGUAGUUGCUCGUCUGUGUUUGUCAAGACCCUUGGUUUUGUGUCACCCUGAGCUUCUGCCCUGGUCGCCAUUAACUCAGAGCUGUAUAGAGAGAGAGAGAGGCGCUGGCUUCAGAUAUUGGAAACAAAAUGGCUUUUCUUUAUGUCUACGGUCGAUCCACAGCAUGUAGUUACUAUACUAAAUGUCCGUGUACACUGAGGCAUACACCUGACAGUUUGUUUCCAAGAAUGGUGUCACUAAUGUCAUGUGGAAAUUCUUUUCAUACUCGGCUAUACCGCAAUUCAUGGCCUGCCUGUGCUGAUUAACAAGAGGCCGAGGUGUCUUCAAGUAAGAAUAAAUUCUGGUACACUGAGUUCUUCACAUUCACAUGAACAUAACAAUUUGAACUCUCCACACUAAAGACUCUGUUGCUAUACCUUGUGAUUAGGGGCAAACCUUUGCUUAGUCACAUAAGAGAUGCCUUACGCCAAUACACUGUUUACAAUGAAUAAGAAGGGUAAAAAGGAACCAGUCCAUUCCAGAGAUGGCGGUUGCUUUGUAAAAGCUUGCCCCAAUUCACGAAAGAUAGCAGCAGUGUCUUCUGACUGGGGGAAUGGAAACCAUUAUGUUUCCGUGCAAUCAGAUAACUCAGUAUACCAGAUUUUAUUCAAAUUUAACUCGCAAAUGGUCUAUUGUCAUUCUUGCAUUUUGUUCUGCAUCACGACCUCUGGGUCGUGUUUGAAUACGAUAGUGCUUAGUGCUAAUUUCUCAUUGUUACGCGCGGGAAUAUCUUGUGCUAACAUUUUUUUUUACAUGUAAAAACUCACUUUAAAAUUAGAUGGAUUUGAAUUUCUAUUAAGUGCUGCGAUUGCAACUCAAGGGUAAAAAAACACCUGCUGCUUUUUUAAACUGUUAAAUCCAAUUAACCCUCAAAGAGCCGGGGGAGGGAGAGGAAUCUGCCCCCCCCAUUGAUUUUUUCUUAAAGCAUCUUUAAGAUUAUUUUCUGCGUGCUAAUACUUUAUGACAAUUUUUUCCAAUGUUUUAGCUUCAUUUUGACCCCAAAUUUAUGAAAAUUGGACGUGGCGUUCUCUCUGCGUGAUGUGAAGUUUACCGUGACUUUGUACGCAGCAGUACACCAUACAAAGGACAGAGUGGUAUCCUAUCAUGAAUAAUUAAUUAGUCAUAAUUAUGCAAAGACUUAAUUAACUUACAUGAAAUUUCACACAGAUGAUAAGUAUGGAUACCUCUAUGACACUGCUAAAUUUCAUUGAAGUACAUCAUCUUAUGGUCGAGAUCUGAGGCCCCCCCGGCUGUGACAAGGCCAAUAAAGCCCGGCUCUUUGAGGAUUAAGCCAUUGAGAUAUUUAUCGAGGUACUGCUAUAUGCAUAGCAUGCAUUUGUAUUGGUGUAAUGAUAAUCGGAAUGUACAAACUAACAUCUAACAUUUUUGGGGGGCACCAAGAUUUUUCUUUUAGUGUGGCAACACAAUUUGACAUUUUAAAACCUUUUAUGACCUU